AUGGCCAGACGCGGUCAAAAGGGAGAGGCAAACGAGACGAGAAGGCUUCCUCCCAAAGCCUUCCAAGCCAGACACACGGCCGCCGCAGCCGAGAUGGCCGCCGGAGAUGCCACCCACGCGCCGCCGGCCGCGGAGGCGCAGUCUCUGGUGGAGUCGUUCUGCGCCGUCACCUCGGCGACCCCCGACGAGGCGGCCUUCUUUCUCGAGGGCCACAACUGGGCCCUCGAGGCCGCCGUUCGCUCCUUCUACGACAACACGGAGGUCGACGCCGAUGGCCCCGAUCCGGCACCCCAGCCCCCGCCACCCGUCCCAGCCGCUGUCGAUGGCGCGGACUCCGAGGACGAGGACUACUUGGGCGUCGGCGACAAGGAUGAGGGCGACGAGGACUACGUGGGCGGCGGCGACGAGGACGACGACGAGGAUGCCGCCCUCGCCGCCGCGUCUGCGGCGGCAGAUGAGCGGAGGAGGAGGCCCGCGAAGAGGCAGAAGAGGAGCCACCAAGCGCGGGGCGGGAGCGGGGGUGCGAGUGGGAGGGGGACUGUGAGGACGCUCUCCGAUCUCGGAGGUGGCAAGGGGCGCGCGGGGUCGGACGAAGACGAGGACGACGACGACGACGAGUGGGCGCCACCCCCUGAGUUGUACACCGGCGGCGAGAGGAGUGGAAUGGUUGUUAGAGAUCGAUCCAAACGCAAAAAUGUUGCGGAUGAGGUUUUUAAGCAAGCUAAGAGGAAGGGAGCUAAGCAAGGCCCAGCUCGCCGGCAAUCUUCUAGUUCAAGGAGCUUUCCUGGGACUAGCAGACUUCUAACAGGUGAAACUGUACAGCCUGACACACCACAGCCACCAGAGGAAAUUGUUCACAACAUCUACUUCUGGAGUGAUGGGUUCACAGUAGACGACGGUCCACUCAGAAGUUUCAACGACCCAGAGCAUGCAGCCUUUUUAGAGAGCAUCAUGAAGUCUGAAUGCCCAACUGAGCUUGCGCCGGCUGAUGGGAUGUCUAAGGUGAACGUAAAUCUUAUCCGUAAAGAAGAAAAAUGUCCUGAGCCAGUCAAGCGCCCUGCCCCAUUUCAAGGAGGGGGGAGAAUUCUCGCGGCACCUUCUGAAAACUCUGCUCCUUCGGGUAUCUCUCUUGCGGCUUCUGCUUCUAGCACUGCGACCACUACCGCACCCAAGACUAUCACAGUGGACGAUUCUUUGCCGUCAACCUCUCUCCAGAUCAGGUUUGCCGACGGCAGCCGUGUGGUUGGGCGCUUCAACACAAGCCACACGAUCAGUGACGUGCGGGCGUUCAUCUACACAACAAGGCCAGGAGAAACAAGCGACUACACGUUGCAGGUCGGGUUCCCCCCUAAGCCGCUCGACGACGCGACCAAGACCAUCGAGGAAGCCGGCGUCGCCAACUCGGUGAUCAUCCAGAGAGUCUAA